AUGGCACGAGGUGUCGCUUCCUCAGUGGCCAGCAGCACUGAUAAACUUGACUCUUUGCCUCAGACAAAGUCCAAAAAGGCAGCCAAAACUGAAAAGAGAAACCUUUUUGAAGACGAGUCCGGCAGCUCUAGUGAAGAGGAUCUGGAAGAUGGCGGCGCCAAACUUGAGAACUCGGGUUUGAAGAUCAACCAAGAGUUCGCUCGGAGAUUUGAGCACAACAAGAAGAGAGAGGAGAUUCAUAGGCUGGAAGAGAAAUUCAAGUCGGCAAAGCCUAACGGCAAAGGGCAAGAUGACGACGAAGACGACGACUCCUCGGAAGACGAAACAGAAGACGAAGAAGGAUUUUUAGCUACAGAGGAGCUCGAUGCUGAAAUUUCAGCGACCCUACAGGCGAUCAAGAACAGAGAUCCGAGGAUAUACGACAAAGACUCGACCUUCUAUAGGGCGAUGACUGAGACUGAUGCGGGUGCCACAAAGGAGAAGAAAGAGAAGCCCGUGUUCCUCCAUGACUACCAUCGCGAGCGGUACAUGAAGGGUGACGUAGGGACAGACGAUGUGGAAAUGGGUGACGCCGCCCCAAAGACACACGUUCAGGAGCAAGAAGACCUGCGAAAUGCCAUAUUGUCGGAGAUAAACGCUGGCGAAGGGGAUGACUCGGAGGACGACUUCAUCAAGCCAAAGGUCGACCCAACGGCCGGCUCCCAGGACGGCGUGCACCCCUCGCGGGUGCAGAAGAUUACAAAGAAGGACGUCGAUGUUGAUGUCAAGCUUGCAGACAAGGACCCCGACCUGUUCCUGUCCAAUUUCAUGACCUCGAGGGCUUGGGUGCCUGAGGAAGGUGGCAAAUGGCAAGCGUUUGAGUCGGACGAGGGCGAAGACAACGAUUUGGCAGACGAGGUUGAGAUUGCAUAUAACUUACGUUUUGAGGACCCUGAAAAGAGCAAUGAGGUUCUGAAGUCAUACUCCCGAAAACUUGUCGAGGCAAGGUCCGUACGACGGGAAGAUCCCAAGGGCCGGAAGCGGCAAAGAGAGCUAGAGAAAGAGAAGAAGGAAGCAGAGAAGGCCGAAAGAGCGGAGGAGCGGGCACGCCUAAAACGUCUCAAGGUAGAAGAGGCCGAAGAGAAGCUACGCAAGAUCAAGAAAGCCGCGGGCUUGAGCGGCAAGCAAUUGAAUGACGAUGAAUGGAUGAGGCUUCUUGAGGAUGCAUGGGAUAAUGACAAAUGGGAGGAGGAAAUGAGUCGCCGGUUUGGCGACCAGUACUAUGCAGAGGCUGAACAGGGUGUAGACGAGUCGGACGCAGAGGACAUUGGCGACAAAAAGAAAAAGAAGGUAAAGAAGCCGAUGUGGGAUGACGAUAUCGAUAUCAAAGACAUCAUCCCUGACUUCGAGGACAAGGAAGAGAGACCCGAGAUUAGUCUUAGUGACUUGGAUGAAGACGGACAGGAGCAAGAUGAUGAGGCCGAGGAUGAAGGCCGGCCCUCAAAGAAGCGCAAGACCACUGCAGACCACAAGAAAGAGCGAAUCGCCUCCAAACGCGCUGCUCGCCAAGAACGGUCGAAGAUCGAGGCUCUCGUGGAUGCGCAACUAGAACUGGACAAUCCACGGGCGCUGAAAUCCAAAGACAAGGAUGGGGCGGCACCGCUUUUCCGAUAUCGCGAGACCAGUCCUACCACAUUCGGCCUAACCGCGCGAGACAUCCUGAUGGCUCCUUCAGACUCGGCGCUCAACGAGUUCGUCGGCCUCAAGAAGCUUGCCACGUUUCGCGACGUAGAGAAGAAGCGAAAAGAUAAGAAGAAGCUCGGCAAGAAGGCUCGUCUGCGCCAGUGGCGGCGGGAGGUGUUCGGCCAAGAGUUUGAACACACCGGCCCGACAUACGGUUUUGAGAAGCUAGCGGGCACCGUAGAAGCCACUAACGAUGAGAACCCUCAGGAAGCUGACGCUGAGCAGCAGCCUGGUGUCGUUGAUGGCCAGAGGAAGAAGAAGAGAAAGAGAUCUAAGGGGAAGAAGACGGCUGUACAAGCAUAG